ACCGAUCACCGCUGCGGCGGCACCAAUUCCCCCAACCACGUUUCUGUUACAGGUACUUACAAGACUCAAGGGCAAACCAGCAAACUCGAGAGAGAAAGCAUCGGAUCAGCUUAAUGAAACUCUCAAAUAGAUCCCUAUGUCAAAAAAUUAAUAAACAAUAAUAAAUUUUCCAAAGUCCCUUUAAAAAUCAACAUCAUGCUUCACUAAAUAGUUAUCAAUAAUGUAUCUAAUAGAUACUUAAAAAGAAGUUUUAAAUUGAUUCCAUAGUACAUUCAUGAAGAGAUUAUAUUGUAAUUCAUUAACUUGAAUCUUGCGUCAAAUCUUUUAUGUAGAUAACGAUGUAACCUUAAAGUCUCUUACUAGAAUAUUCUGUUCAAAUCAAAUUAAUGCAUGUUUGAACAAGUUCAAAUCUAAGAAAAGUUAUUAACCUAGGCAAAUGUUUCUUUCGAAUAUACCUAUAGGAAAAGUGGAUUGUUAUGCGGGAAAUCUAUUAGAGAUCAUGAGUAGCAACCACAUAUCAUUGUCAUGUACCAUGUACCUACAUGCAUUGUUAUCAUAAUAUUCUCAAUAUAGUUCAGACAAUCUCUUCAUAUGCAAGCUUUAACAUUAUAACUUUUCGAAACUUAAUUAUUUAUGCAUUCAUUUAACUCAAUGUUUUUUUUUCUUUUUCUAUAAAUUGUAUAUUGUAUGAUUAUCAAUAUUUGUAUUUAAAAAUUCAACUAUUCUUUGAAUGUCUUCUCUCUUCUGUAUUCCAUCACUUUAUCACAACGCUUAUAUUAUAAAAUGAAGAACCUUUAUAUAAAGCUAUUCAUGUCACUCAUAUUACUUUGUUGCAUGCCUCCUCCCCCAAUCAUAAAACAUCAUUCUCCUUGCUUCAUAAAUAUAUGCACAUUAUGUUACGUCGUAUCAUUUUUGUUUGUAGUUCUAUUCAAAAUGGUUGCUCAAAAGAUCAACGUCUGUCCGCGUCGAGGAGACGAUAUCGGAAAUCAAUACGAUCCAAACAUCGAAAGACAUGGUUUUUUCCCAAACGAGUCACAAGACUCGCAGUCAUUUGAAAGUGGUAGAAAUAGAUCGUUUAAAGUCCGAAAAGAACCAACAGGUGAACGGUCCUUACGGAGUUGUGACCGACCUAAGAACGGAAUCAGCAUCAUCAUCGCCAGUGCCAACGACAAGCAGCUAUUCAGAGGAAUUUCUGAAACCGGAGCCCGUAUUCCAGAGUACAAUGUUUCACGAUUCGGACGCAGAAUUCUUCCAAGAUCUGAUUCAGUGGUGCGACGCACCUACCGAACAAGUAGUAGUACAGUCCAUUGAUCCAGCAAAAACAACACAAACAAGGGCACACAACACUGACACACUGCACACACAAUUCUCACCGCAAGGUUGGGAUGUAUUCGACGCUAACUCUCCAAUAACACAAGCGGGCUUAUAUAACCCAACGCCACCCAGCUACCCCGUGUCGCCGAAUGCGGACGGGUUGGCGGCCUUCAACACGGACCUCUUCGGUCCCGUCGGUUUCGUGGGCGAGGACAAGGUCGUCCCGUUCCAAGAACAAUUUUUAGAUAUAGAUAAAUUGCCCGUGGUAAUAGGCGAAUUAGCGUCAGAGACCGUGGCCGACGCGAAUCCCUGGCAAACUACCUCGGAGACCGUCUGGCACACGACACACGACACGAGUUACACGAAACCGCAUACAAACAUACACAACACAAUGCCCUUCAUCGAUCAAGAGGACUCUCUGGACAUGAAAUUCAUGUCCGUCAUACCGAGGGAGGUAGAGAGGAACGACGUAGUGAUAUCGGAGUACGUAAUCAACGACGUGCAGGAGAUGGCGGGCGGGCGGGGGGCGGGGCGCCGCGCCGCGCCGCUGGCGGUGGACGUGGCGCGCCAGCCCUGGCCCGCUGACGUCAUUAGCACCCCCGAGGUGCUCACCUUCGUCGAGCAGCUGGAGAAGGAGAAGUGUCCGCUCAUGGCCUCGACGCCAAUUUCACCACCGGAGCACGACGCGUCACCCAGCUGUUCGAUAGUCGACAAUUCGCCAGUAGUGGAAUAUGAACCCAUAACACCUAAGAGCGAGCCUCAGCCGGACUCGGAGGAGGACAACAAGUCGAACGCGAGCAAGCGGCGGCGCCGCGACAGCGAGGAGUCGGACGAGACGUACUCGCCGUACGCGGAGCAGGCGCCGCGCAAGUACAAGAGGAGAAAGCCCAGCAUACCUAUCAAGGAUAUGAUCCGCGCGCUGGAGGGCUCGCAGCAGCUGACGAAGGCGCGCCGCGGCCGCCCGCCCAAGCGCCGCGACAGCACCGUCUCCAACGUCAGCGAGAACUCCUCGUCCGUGUCCACGCACGAGACCAAGUACCGGGAGCUCAGGGACAAGAACAACGAGGCUUCCAAGAGAUCCCGCAUGAACAGGAAGCUCAAGGAGCUACAGAUGGAACAGUUGGCCGAGGAAUUGGAAGAGCGAAAUAAGAAAUUGAGGGUGCAAGCCGAUCUGCUCGAAGAGAGAACGAAGCAGCUGCGGGAAGCUUUCAUGGCUGCCGUUGCACAACACAAAGUCGGUUAACACCUUGAAGAAAAUUUCUCGGUUUCAAAUUGAUACGAAUGUCAUCUAUACCCAUGGAACUUGCGCUUGCGAACUGAAAUUGUGUUUAUAGCUUUAAUGUGAGCAUUAGAUAUUAGUUUUAAACGCUCGCCAUGGAUGUAUCGUUCCGAUCGUAGCUACCAUGUAAUUAUUUAUUUUGCUUCACUUAAAAGCCGGACGUGACGUUUUAAUACAGGAUUUGACUAUAGAAUUAAGAAUUAAU